AUGGGCAAGUCUAGGGCAAGGACAUUGGCUCCACGGGGAACGGCGCAAUGGGUGACAUGGAAAACAACAGAGACAACUCGCGGCUUGAAAGGGAAGUGGUGUCCAGUCAAACCCAGUCAGCCAAGCCCAUCCGUGCAAUCAUCUCCAGCAAAGUCUCCCAGAAAACAUAAUUCUGACAGGGCAUGGGAUCAAUCGUCAACCGAUUUCAAUGCUGACUAUGAGGACUUUGGUAAUAAGGAACCAAUUGGGAAAUGGAAUGGAGGAUUUUUUGAGGAAACGUCUCUGACUAAGAUGGGCAUGGAAAUUUAUUUGGGGCAUCAGGGAAAGCCUUGUCCAGUACUUGGGGAAAUCCACGAAUGGGAGGACACCGACGAGCCAAUAUAUCAACCGGAAGAGGACCUCCCUACCAUACUCGAACUUCCAUUCUUGAACAGCAAGCAAUGCAUAACCAUUGUUGACAAGUCCGGAGUACAUUCGCUCAUGAUACGGUUUUGUCGUUGUCUGAAUGCUUGUACCACCGACAAGCAAUUAUUUGAGAUGGGCAUGUUUCCGGCAUCCUUCACCUGGCCGAAGACCGCAUUUACCUUUUCGGUGCUGGAUGGUUUUGCCUUGGACAACUUGGAAUGCGGAACUUCGGCAAUGAAUUACUACAACAAGUUGAGAAGAAUGAUGUCAAGUAUAUUUCCGCAACUAGUCCCUGACCGUUACAGAGAACUGAUGAGGGUAGCACGGCAAUGGCGACGGCUGAAGCUGCUCAAAUGGAAUGGGUUUGGUUAUGAGAGAAGAAGGCCGACAUCCGGUGAACUCGCUCUCUUUUGCCCGGCUUGCCCUCAGCCCGGCAUUAACGCCCCACUACCGGCCAAUAGGCACCCCGAUGAUCCCAGUUGGCUAUAUGCCCGAUCACUGUGCUUCAUGGUUUCCAAAGACCGAUAUAAGGCUCAUCUAGCCAUUGCCAAAGACGUUGUUCAACCGUCCGAGUGCAACAAUCACCGAGCUGUAAACCAGGCCAAUGCGUCACGACACAAACUAGAAGCUACCGGGAUAGGCGGGUGUGCGUGCGCCCGCCACGGCUGUUUUGUACCUCAUUCGGUUGUGGAUUUUCAAAAGGGCGAACGGCAAAUGAAUAUGGACUACGCCCUAUGUAACGCGUUAAGCCACCGCACAAAUGGGCUCAGUCAAGCUUUGACAUUUUAUGACAUUAAUUGUCAGUAUAACAAGCACUUCCGGCGUCGGGUGAACGAGAGCCUCUAUUUGAGCCUCCCUUCUGGAAUGGAGAUCAUACCGGGAAUUGGCCUCUGGCAUGUUCAUGGACACCAAGACAAAUGCUAUGUUCGAUUUUCUAAUGGCAUUGAUAUAGGCAGUUUUCUUUGCCGGAAAUAUAAGGAAGCUAUGAAGGGCGUCGCAGAAAGUGCCUCUGCUUUUGACAAGCUCAAUGAAACCGCCGAUCCUAUCAUGAUUGCAACAUGGGAAGAACAAGACCGAUAUGCACAUUCAUGUCGAGUCGCCGAUCCAUCGGCGAUGGAUGUAUUUGAAGUUCAGUUAAAGAGGGCACCAACUCGGAAGCAGCAGGAGCUAGCUUUGCUGUCCUCCCGGGUAGGCCGAUUGGGUGGGAAUCUGCAACGAGGUGCUGCUACAUGGAUUGCAUCCGGCAUUACCAUAGAAGAGAUGCAGAUCGUGCUGACUAUGGAUACUAGGAGGCUUGGCAGACACCCCACGGAAACCCAAACCUUGGAUAUAUGCAGACGUUCGACAAUAGAUGAGUUUACAAUGGUGGCAGCAACACAUCUCGGCGAGGGCUUUGACAUUGAUGAUGAAAUCAGAGAUCUUCACUUGGACUUCAUGGAUGACGAUUCAGAAGAUGAAGGGAUUAACGGCAGUGAUACAGAAUCCGAACCCGAAGCACAUGGACGUCGGCUGCGGGAUCUCUUCUACCCCGAGAAGACCGUGAUACCUCUGCCAUCCAAUUUCGGCGUAGCACGCUGUGCGGAGCUGGGAGUUGAACACCUCAUUGGUCAGGAAAUUGCACUUCGGGAAGGUCAGGCCAACGAUGCCUUGUAA